AUGGGCAUUGACUUCAUUUUCACAUGGUAUCAACAAAAAAUUGGUACAUAUGACAAACAAAAAUGGGAAACAAAAAUCGAACAAAGAGAGCAAAGAAUACAUGGCUUAAAUCAUAUACAAACAAGAAGUGCGAAACCCAAUCCGGAUUUAAUAGACCUUGAUUUAGUGAGAGGUUCGUCUUUUACUAAGGCCAAACCGAAACAUGGUUUUAUUAAAGUUGCGAAGUUGGCCACCAUUAGAUGCAUCCUCUAUCCGUUCUAUGGAUACUGGUGGAUAGAGCAAACAUCGACAUAUGUAUUUUUCAUUUGUCUUAUUAUUUACGUUUUACAAAUUAUCAAUAUCGGCAUCUAUUGUGUUCAUACAUCGAUAGCUACUUACUCAGAGUCAGUAUCGUGCAUGGAAAUUAUCAUCCCAAUGGUUAUGCUUUGGGUUUUGUGUUUGAUUCAUUCUCAAAUCGUAUCGACGAGUCCCAGCAAUGAAGUAACCAAAUCAACAUUGAGUCACAGGGAGAUAAGGAAACGCAACAAUCUGAAGAAAAAACGUAGGGCGGAAAUGCAGGAACAAACGAGGACGAAGAAAGAAAAGAUAUUUAAUAUAGUUGAAAAGGAAUUUAGGCAAAUUGAAGCGUUGGAUUCUAGUCUGAAGAGCAACAAACGAAAUAAAAGUACGGAAAACGAAACUAGUGAUAAAAAUGUCGCUGAGAGUCGAAUUGAGGCUGUGAAUGGGUAUAGUACAGAAUCUGAAAGCGAAUCUAAACCUCUCUUUACGUCACGAAGGAAAUUAUCGAAUACAACCAAAGUUAAGCAUGUACCAACCAUCAGUAUUACAUCGCAAUACAGCAACUGCGAAACGGACGAAGAGAUAGCUCCAUCGUCGCCCGAGGUGAAGAAAAUCGAACGAUCUCCCGGCGAUUUGACAUCUUCGGCAACUGAAUGGAUGGGCGUGACGACGAACAGCGAUUGCAGCUACAGCUCCGACUUGGAGAACAUAUCGGACAGUCAAAUCGACAUCGAGAAAGAUAAUUAUAUUUACAAUAACGAUAUAGCUCCGACGGCUAUAUUAAAUCCGCCGUGCGCUAGAGUGAGCUGCAUCAUUUGGGAGAAGAACGACAUGAAGAAAGCUGAUCUUACUAUGUUAGAAAUCAGUUCAGUGAUAAUCGGAAAAGUCGAUUGUAUGCCGGAAAGCAGGGAUUACUUUUAUAUCGGCAUUGUAAUAUCGACACUAUUGGCCUUCUUGCCUGUAAUUUGUAAAAUUUCCAAUAUAUCCUUCGAGAAUCUAUUGGAGUUGAAAUGCUUUAUCGAAAAUCUCUAUAUUAACAUAACGACAGCUAUACCGGAAGAUCGUGAUUCUUUGUUGAUAUUGCACGAGUCGAUGUUAGAGGAGGUCAUUUUGACGACUAGGAAAUGGCUGUUGGCUACAUUUGAGUGCGGAUUUUGGGAAUAUCUGAUAAUGGGGAUAGCUUUAGUGCAACGUUGGAUUUUGGCCUCAAUGAUAUUUUUUUUGCUAGCUGUUGCAGAACGAACGUUCAAGCAAAGGCUCUUGUACGCCAAAUUGUUCUCCCACUUGACGUCGUCUCGUCGAGCCAAAAAAUCCGAACUGCCGCACUUUCGGCUCAACAAAGUGAUCAACAUCAAGACUUGGUUGUCAGUAAGAUCGUAUUUGAAGAAAAGAGGACCACAAAGGUCCGUCGACGUCAUCGUAUCAACGGCGUUCGUUGUUAAUUUGUUGUUGUUAACGUUUUUGUGCGUCGAGGUAUUGAAGGACACGGUUUGGUUUUCCCAAUAUUACCUGGAAGCUCUGGUGUGGUGUAUCGGAUUGGGUAUACUUCUGUUGAGAUUCAUGACGUUAGGUACGAAGAUCAAUAAAAAAUACAGGAAUCUGUCCGUGUUGAUAACGGAACAGAUUAAUUUGCAUCUACAGAUCGAACAGAAGCCGCACAAAAAAGACGAACUGAACGUGGCCAAUAACGUUUUAAAGCUCGCCAUAGAUCUACUAAAGGAAUUGGAAAACCCGUUCAAAAUAUCGGGCAUAUCGGCGAAUCCUAUUCUGUACAACUGCACGAAAUUAGUGAUCCUGUCCGCCCUCUCUGGAGUAUUUUCGGAAAUGCUCGGAUUUAAAUUGAAG